GCCUCCCCUCUUCUUUCCCAUUCAAAAACCACCCAAAGCCAAAACAAAAAACAAAAAACAAAAAAGCAAUAGCGUCCCCUAACCAACCGUGCGAGGUCCUCCGACCUCCGCACUACCCCAACUCCUUACCCAUGUCCGAUGAUUCCCUCCCGCCGUCUCCACCUCCUUCCUUUCUCUUCCACCGUCCGCCGCUUCUUAAACAGGAAUUAUCUUCUCCCCUCCUUAAACAGCGGUCGUGGUCGCCGGAUCUUUAUCGCGACGAAGCGUGGCUUCGUCGUAAAGGAAACUGGAAAAACCGGAGAAAUAGAAGUAAAAGCGUCACGGAUGAAGACGUGGAUGAACUUAAAGCUUGCAUUGAAUUGGGAUUUGGAUUUGAAUCUUCGCCGGAAGUUGAAACCGAUCGUCGUCUUGUUGAUACUUUACCAGCUCUCGGCCUUUACCAUGCCGUUAAUAGAAGUUACAAUGAUUCUAUUAACCCUAAAUCCGCCGCCGUAACUACUCCGUCUUCUUCCGCUGCUUCCGAUCGUGACGGCACUCCUUCUCCUCGCGGCAGUCCUCACAACGCCAUCUUCAGCAGUGAUGAUGAUCCACAGACGGUGAAGACAAGGUUAAGACAGUGGGCACAGGUUGUUGCUUGUGCGGUUCGUCAAAGUUCAAGCUGAAUGAUUAAUUAUGAUGAUUAAUUGUGUUGACAAACGAAUCAAUGAUGAUGAUGAUGGGUGAUUAUUGAUUAAUUAACCGGGUAACGAAACCAUGGUUAUUUAUUUAACCAUACGAGUUAAAACCUAUUGUGCUUGUGAUAUAUAAAUGACGAUGAUUCACCACCAAACCGAACCGGCCUCGAGCCUUUAGUUAACAAAUUCAAAAUGUUGGGUACCAAAAAGUAGUAAUUGGUGUUAUUAUUGAUGAUGAUGCUAUUUGGCUGUCGGUAGCUCUUGAUUUGUACUCUUAUUGUCCAAAAUAUGACUGUGGUAGAUUUUUAUAAUUUAGUAUAUAUACAGUAUAGUAUAAUAAUAAGAAUAAUGUAGAAGUACGAUAGUUUUGUUUUGUGUCAGAAAAAAGACGUGUUGUUCUACUCUGCGUUUGAAAAAUCCCCUGUUUGGUUUUCAUUA